AUGAACGUUUUCGUUCAUGGUUUGUCCUCCGAGAGCGCAUGCUCCAAGACCCUACUCAGCUUGUGGAAAUUCACCGCAACAACUCAUUCAGAACUACGAGUGCCAAAACAAUCCCUUCAUCUCUGGGACGCCGACACUGGCGAGAUCAGAUUAUCACGGCCAGACACGCAACUGUCAAGUCUGGCAACUCAGAGCAAAACCAUCAGACUUCGUAUGUUGAACUCGGACAGUCUUGAGACCGAAUACUCUGCGCGUAUAUAG